UAAACAUGGCUACUUCCUUGAUCAGAACGUGUACAAAAUUUAGGUGAUUAUUUUUUUUCCUGAAGAUAUUAUCACAAUGAUCAAAGUCGCAUCUUCAAGAUUUCCUUCACAUUUACUGAGGCAGCCACUCUGUGAUAUUGUCAAAAGCGAUAAUGUAAGGAAGUAUAACUUUCAUAGUUUGUUCCUGACGUGUACGCAAUGCCGGCAUUACCAUACAACACCAAAAUAUUUCAAGACCAAAUCAAAUAAGCCGAAUGUUUUCACUCAAAUAAAACCAAAAAAACGUUUGCCAGUUGUGGAUAUAUGGAACCAAAUGACUGUAUCAGAACUGGCAGCAUCUUCAGGAAGGGAUAUAAGUGAUGUCAUGGAUGCAAUUUCUCUCUCUGAUUCAUUUAGACGUUACAAUAAAAAUACUAUUGUAGAGGAUCCAAAUAUAUUGUACAAUGCUGUGCGGAAACUUGGGGCAAAGUUUAAAGUUAUAUCUAGACCAGAUAGCAAAAUAGAAAAUAAUACACAGGACUGCAAUGUUAUUAAAAGACCUCUACCGGAUGAAUCUGUACUAAUAAAACGUCGUCCAGUAGUAACAAUUAUGGGCCAUGUUGAUCAUGGCAAAACUACAUUGCUAGAUACAUUACGUAACACAUCAGUUGUAAAAAUGGAAUUUGGUGGUAUCACUCAACAUAUUGGAGCUUUCAAUGUAACGUUGGAAACGGGAGAAACGAUUACAUUUUUGGAUACUCCUGGACACGCCGCUUUUAAUAUUAUGCGAAUGAGAGGCGCACAAGUAACUGACAUUAUAGUACUAGUGGUUGCAGCAGAUGAUGGCGUGAUGGAACAAACUAUAGAAAGUAUAAAUAUGGCAAAAGCAGCAAAUGUUCCGAUUAUCGUGGCUAUCAACAAAAUCGAUAAACCAGAAGCUGAUAUUAUAAGAACGCAAAAUAUGCUUGCGCAACAAGGGAUUCAAGUGGAGGCAAUGGGCGGGGACAUUCAGAGCGUUAAUAUAUCAGCUUUACACGGAACCAAUUUAGAUUCUUUGAUAGAGGCUAUAGCAUUACAAGCCGAACUCGUGGGAUUAAAGGGUGAUCCAACGGGAUUAGUCGAGGCUGUCGUAAUUGAAUGUUUUACCGACCGUCAACGUGGCAAAUUAGCGACAGCUUUGAUUCAACGUGGUACUCUAAGAAAGGGUGCAUACCUUGUGAGCGGGUUAGCGUGGGCUAAAGUAAGAGCUAUGUUCGACCAUUCUGGAAAUCCAGUUACGGAAGCCAAAUUAUCCGAUGCUGUGCAGAUUAUUGGAUGGAAAGAUUUACCUACUGCUGGAGAUGAAAUAUUAGAAGUUGAGAAUGAGAAGAAAACACGCACAGUAAUGCGAUACAGAGAAGCGGAGAAAGCUACACAACUGGCGCAGGAACAUAAAAUUGCAGCGGACAAAAAGCAUGAAGAAUAUUUGAAAGAAUAUAAAGAACAUCUGGCAAAGAGAAGAGCACUCGGCAGAUAUGCGAAACUAUCAACACCUGUUAAAAAUAAGAUGCCUGAUGAUGAUGAGAAACCUAAACUUAACAUUAUCAUAAAAGGUGAUGUCGCUGGCUCUGUAGAAGCUAUAUUAGACGUUUUUAAUACCUACGGGAGUGACGACAAAUGUGAAUUAAGUGUCAUCCAUUAUGGCGUUGGACCUAUUACAGAGACAGAUUUACAAAUGGCAGACAUAUUUAAUGCCAUCAUAUAUCCUUUUAACAUUGGCGUAAUGAAAAACUUACAACAGGAAGCUAAUGAAAAAAAGAUAUCGAUCCGUCCAUACAAUGUGAUAUAUAAACUCAUUGACGAUGUCAAAAAGGAGAUAAAUUCGAGACUUCCACCGAUUGACACCGAAGAAGUGAUAGGUGAAGCAAAUGUAUUGCAAGAGUUUGAAAUCACAGAUAAAAAAAAGAAAGUAAAGGUUGCGGGUUGUCGGUGCACCAAAGGCAAUCUCAAGAAAAAUGCAAUGUAUCGAUUGAUGCGUGAACAGGAAGUUCUCUUUACCGGAAAAUUGGUAUCGAUGAAACAUUUAAAAAAUGAAAUUGAAACAGUCAAGACUGACGUAGAAUGCGGUUUGAGAUUCGAAGGUCUGACAUUGUCUUUCAAAGCUGGGGAUAUUUUAAUUUGUUACCAAACGUAUCAGAAACCACAAGAAACCGACUGGGAUCCCGGAUUCUAAACAAUUUCAAAGAUUGCAAGAUUAAAUGAA